AUGGCGGAGGAGAAACAGACACAGCCAACGCUCUCGAGCGGCAACGUGGCGGGGCGCAAUGACGCCGAUACAGAAGCAAACCCCGCGCCGGCCGCUGCCGAGCAUGUCGCCGCCGAUCAGGACGUUGCGAUAGCUAUGGUGGGCGUGGAACAACACGCCAUCGACCCGGCGGUCGCAGCCCGAGCUGUGCGCAAGAUCGACUUGUUCUUGAUACCUGCUAUGACCGUCGGUUAUGGCCUGGUAUACUAUGACAAGGCCAUCCUUGGAUCUGCCGUCUUGUUCGGCAUGACCACCGACCUCGCCCUCUCCGUGACCGACAAGUCCACCACGCCGCCCACCGUCGAUACCUCUCGUCUGUCGUGGGCGACCUCCCUCUUCUACUUCGGCAUGCUAGCGGGACUCUAUCCGAUGACUUUUCUCCUACAACGCUUCCCAAUUGGCCGCACACUCGGCUCCAUUGUCUGCCUCUGGGCAUUGGUAUGCAUGCUCACCGCGACUGUCACCAGCCACGAGGGCCUAUACGCACAACGCUUUUUCCUCGGCUUCGUCGAGUCUGUCAUUCCCACUGGGUUCAUGUGCAUCGUUAGCGGAUACUAUACACAGUCAGAACAGUCUCUAAGGCAGAGUUGGUGGUUCAGCAGCACUGGGUGGUGGACAAUCAUUGGAGGCGCAUUGAACUACGGGUUUGCGCAGAUUACCGGCGGAGGGCUUCAGCGGUGGCAAUACAUCUACUUGUUGGCCGGGUCGCUUACAUUCCUGUUUGGUCUGUUCUGCUUCGUCGUGCCAAACAGCCCCGUUAGCGCGUGGUUCUUGACCAAGGAGGAGAGAUUCGCGGCUGUCGAGAGGUUGAGAUAUGGCCAGACCGGUGUUCGUUGCACAAAGUUCAAAUGGAGCCAAUUGAAAGAGGGGCUCCUCGAUGUCAAGAUUUGGCUCAUCUUUUUGAUGAUGGCGUCAGCCUACUCUGUGAAUGGCGCAGUCUCAGGCUUUGGUCCGCUCAUCGUGUCAACCUUCGGCUGGAGCACCCUCGAUUCCAUUCUAUUCCAGUUCCCCCUAGGCGGAAUCUGCCUGAUCAUGAUUCUGCUCACAGGAUAUUUGGGCUCACGCUUCCCGAACAUUCGCAUCAUCAUGCUGAUUUUGUGCUGCUUGCCUGUGAUUGCUGGUUGCGCCAUCAUCUGGAAGAGCGCAUGGACGUACCGUGCUGCGGCUCCCGUGGUUGGCUACAGCAUCAUCGGCUUCUUCGGUGCCGUAGUAUCGCUAAUCAUCACUAUUGGCAUGUCGAACGUCGCCGGGCACACAAAGAAGAGCUUCAUGGCGGCGACCAUCUUCGUUGCCUACUGUGUAGGCAACAUUGUGGGUCCACAAUUGAUCAAGUCACAAACGAAGAGCCGGCAUUAUCCUGAGCUUUGGACUGGGUUGAUUAUCUGUUAUUGCAUCACGAUCGCCUCAUCUACUGCGUUGUAUGUGGUGCUCAAGAGGGCAAACAAGCAGAAGGGGCUGCUAGAGCAAGACGAUUCCGAACGAGCGAAGCUGGCAUUUCAGGAUCUCACGGAUAAGGAGAACCCGUAUUUCAGAUACGUGUUAUGA